GAAAAAGGAUUAGGUUUAGUACACAGCAACAGCAUGGAUAAAACUUUUUAUUUGGGAUGAAAAUGAAGGUUCUGAUAUAUAUUGCGGAUUAAACUGUUGUUAUCCAUUUUUAUCAACCAGUUGCCCUUCUGACCAUUUCAUUUCAACUCCACAAAAAAUCCCCAACCCCAUCCAUGAAGGUCUAAUUUCUUAAACCCUAAAAUGCAAUUGUUGUAGCUGCAAAUAAAUGACUAGCAUUGACACUCUAUUCUCUCUCAGGGUUUGUCUUCCCAAACCCUAUAAAAAACCCUUAAAAUCCCCUCCAAAAUUUAGAUCGAAAACCCUAUUUCUUAACCGAUCACUCACAGUCUUAUGCGAGGUGAAUUCAGCCUCCACGGCACAGUCAGGUGACACUAACAAAGAAGAUUUUGUCACUAGAGUUUUGAAGCAAAACCCUAGCCAAAUUGAACCCAGAUACUUAAUCGGUGACAAGUUUUAUACUUCGAAGGAAAAACAGGAUUUGAGCAAGAAAAAAAAUGUGGGGUUUAUUGAAAUUGUGGACAGGUUUUUGAAUUUGAAAGGCAAAGUGAAAAAAGAGGGAAAUGAGAGUGAAAAUGAGGAAAAGGCUGUGUACUUGAAGGAUAUUUUGAGGGAGUACAAGGGAAAGCUUUAUGUACCUGAGCAGGUUUUCAGUGUAAAGUUAUCUGAAGAAGAGGAGUUUGAUAGGAAUUUGGAAGAAUUGCCAAAAAUGGGAUUUGAAGAUUUUAAGAAAGCAAUGGAGAGUGAAAAGGUCAAGUUAUUGACUUCAAAGGAAGCUGCAAUGGGUACUUAUGCAAAUGAUUAUAGGGGUUUUAUUGUUGAUUUGAAGGAAAUUCCUGGCGAGAAGAGUUUGCAUAGAACAAAAUGGACAAUGAGAUUAAAUGAGAAUGAAGCUCAAACACUUUUGGAGGAGUAUACGGGUCCAUUCUAUGAAAUAGAGAGGCAUAUGGCGUCUUCAGUAGGAAAGUUGCCAGAGUACCCUCAUCCAGUGGCAUCUUCCAUAUCUAGCAGAAUGAUGGUAGAGCUUGGAAUGGUGACUGCUGUGAUGGCUGCUGCAGCAGUUGUUGUUGGAGGGUUCCUAGCUUCUGCAGUAUUUGCUGUUACCAGUUUUAUUUUUGUGGCAACUGUAUAUGUUGCAUGGCCUAUAGCCAAGCCAUUUGUUAAACUGUUUCUUGGUCUAACCUUUAGUAUUUUAGAGGGAGUUUGGGAUUAUGUGGUUGAUAUUUUCAGUGAUGGAGGGCUCUUCUCUAAGUUUUAUGAAUUCUACACUUUUGGUGGUGUCUCUGCCAGCAUCGAAAUGCUAAAACCAAUAAUGCUCGUGCUUUUAACCAUGGUCCUUCUAGUCCGUUUCACUCUUUCGAGAAGACCUAAGAACUUCAGGAAGUGGGAUUUAUGGCAAGGAAUUGAUUUUUCACGUUCUAAAGCAGAAGCUCGUGUUGAUGGUUCAACUGGAGUUAAAUUUAGUGACGUGGCUGGGAUUGAUGAAGCAGUAGAGGAACUUCAAGAGUUGGUGAGAUACUUGAAGAAUCCAGAACUGUUUGAUAAAAUGGGAAUAAAGCCUCCACAUGGAGUACUUUUGGAAGGUGCUCCUGGAUGCGGCAAGACCCUGGUUGCAAAGGCUAUAGCAGGUGAAGCUGGAGUUCCAUUUUACCAAAUGGCUGGAUCUGAAUUUGUUGAAGUUUUAGUUGGUGUUGGUUCUGCUCGUAUCAGAGAUCUUUUCAAGAGAGCCAAGGUAAAUAAACCAUCAGUUAUAUUCAUUGAUGAAAUUGAUGCAUUGGCAACUAGGCGUCAAGGGAUUUUCAAGGAAUCUACUGACCACCUGUAUAAUGCUGCCACUCAAGAGAGGGAAACUACAUUGAAUCAGCUUUUGAUAGAGCUUGAUGGGUUUGACACUGGAAAAGGUGUUAUAUUUCUAGCUGCAACAAAUCGUAGGGACUUGUUAGAUCCAGCACUUCUUCGGCCAGGUCGUUUUGAUCGCAAGAUAAGAAUUCGACCUCCUAAUGCUAAAGGGAGAUUGGAAAUUUUGAAAAUCCAUGCAAGCAAAGUGAAAAUGUCAGAUUCUGUUGAUUUGUCUACUUAUGGAAAAAAUUUACCGGGAUGGACUGGAGCAAAAUUAGCUCAGCUGGUCCAAGAGGCUGCUCUUGUGGCGGUCAGGCAAGGGCAUGCGGCAAUUCUUCAGUCAGACAUGGAUGAUGCAGUAGACCGACUUACUGUUGGACCAAAGCGUGUAGGAAUAGAGUUGGGUCAUCAGGGGCAGUGCCGUAGAGCCACUACUGAACUGGGAGUUGUAAUGACAUCUCAUUUGCUUAGGCGAUAUGAAAAUGCAAAGGUUGAAUGUUGUGAUCGGAUUUCAAUUGUCCCUCGCGGUCAGACAUUAUCACAACUUGUGUUUCAUCGACUUGAUGACGAAUCAUACAUGUUUGAGCGUUUACCUCAGCUGCUGCAUCGUCUUCAGGUUUUUCUUGGAGGGAGGGCAGCUGAAGAGGUCAUUUAUGGACGGGAUACAUCAAGGGCAUCAGUUUCCUACCUUGCAGAUGCAUCUUGGCUUGCUCGUAAAAUUAUAACUAUAUGGAACUUGGAGAAUCCAAUGGUAAUACAUGGAGAACCGCCUCCUUGGAGAAAGAAAGUUAGAUUCAUGGGCCCACGGCUGGAUUUUGAAGGAUCACUUUAUGAUGACUAUGACCUAAUUGAACCCCCUAUCAACUUCAAUUUGGAUGAUCAAGUUGCCCAAAGGACUGAGAAGCUGAUAUGUGAUAUGUAUGGAAGGACAGUUUCUCUGCUAAAACGGCACCAUGCAGCUUUGCUCAAAGCUGUGAAGGUUCUUCUUAAUCAGAAGGAAAUCAGUGGAGAAGAAAUUGAUUAUAUUUUGAACAAUUACCCUCCGCAAACACGGUUAAGUCUUCUUCUGGAGGAGGAAAAUCCAGGAAUCCUUCCCUUCUUCAAACAAGAACUGGAGAAUGAAUUAGAUUAUGCGUUGCUAACAACAUCAGAAGGAAAAACCCCAUGAUUACCCAGCAGUUCACCACUGUAUGAGAACACGAGCGAGACACGUGAAAUUUUGCUGUCUAGUAAUGGAUGAUGGUUAUAAUUGUUUUGCACUUGACUAGUUGCAUACCAGUGUCAUUGCCCGGGUAGAGCGACACCGAGAUAAAGAAAAAAAAACAAUUUUUGAUGACAUUAGAGAUAAAACAAUGUUUAUAUGUUGAUGCUUGUACCAAACAUGUUGUUAAUCUUCACUUGACUAAAAAGUUAAUCAAGGCCACUCGUCUUCUUGAGUGAA